GCAGUGUAUUGCACACUCCGCAAAUCAAUGCGACAUGACACACCAGGCGUCUAGCGCCGGUUACUUAUUGUGGGCAUGAGUAUAUGGUAAUCCCGAUGCCUAAAAUUCCUGCUCUGGACAACAUUGAUCAACUCCGGCCUUGACUUUGGAAAUCAUCUACACUCGAAAAGGGACCGUUGUCUUAUGAUGGUCCUCGGUAUUCCGCUUCCACUGUUCCGCCUCGGGUCUGGUUGUUGUGCCUGAAGUGUUCCCUUAGUCAAUGGAAAGAAUAUUUGAAGUAUCUCGGCCCCUUCUAAUAUAUAACAGUGCAGUCUUGACUCCCUCACUCACUUGCAAUACUCUCCUCAUUGAUAUCAACGUUACGAAAUCAAUAUUUGCAAUGCGUUUCUCCCUCUCUGUCAUCUCCCUGGGAGUUCUAUUCACCCUUGGUUCUGCCUCGACCGUCCCGGAUUCAAGUCUUACGAAGCGUACCACCGGUUGUGCCGUGGAACAGGCUCUCUGUACCACUACGGGCCUCUUUCCCUGUUGCCCGGGGUUGCGUUGCAAAGCUCUUGUUGAAAUAUGCGACGCAGUUGGGAUCUGCGGUCCUUAGAAGAUGUUCCCGCUGAGAGUUUUUGACACCUGACAGAAUUUGUCUCGUAUGGUUUUUUUUGGGAUCUGGGUUGGGUACAUGGGAUGUAGAUCAUGUUGCAAUAAUAUGAUUUCUUGCCUCUCAGGGUCAUCUGAACUAUGAUUUGGGUCGGGAAAUGAGCAAAAUCUUCGGAUCGAUGAGCAGCACUGGAUAAGUAAGGUAUCUAACAGCUACUGGGGUAACAAUGUGAACAUGACAGAAGCAAAGCAAACGAAAGUGAUAUAAAUACGGGUGUCCGGU